CUACUACAUAACUGAUUACCACUCAACUAGAUGGAGAUCAAUGUAUAGCUUGCUUAGUACUAUUUAUUUUAGCAUCAGAUUUGCACUGGCGUGCUCUGCAGUGCCAAUGCAUUGGCCAUAGCAUGCCCUUGUUAUUGUAAUUUCUCACAAGAGGCCGCAGAGCCUUCGUACAUCUGAUAGCCUGGCUAUUCCAGCCUACGCCAAUAUUACAAUGUUGUAAAAUAUAAUAUUCAUCAGCGGAUCUGAAACAUCUGAACAGUACUUGUGGCUUGCAAGGCUGAUGCUAAAGAAGUGGACCGACGACUCGAAGGCAGCAAACGUUAACUCGCUAACGAACGUUCUUGGACAGAUUAUAUGUCAAGAUAGGUGGCUAAACUAGUAAACGGAUGUUACCCUUAGCUUGAGAAAUGUCAUGUUUAUUUUUUACGUUUCUAUUCUACAAGCCGUCGAGGGAUUUUGAAAUAAUUUGAUCACCGAAAUUUUGCAAAUAGAUUGUUGCGCUAGCUGGCUACUCGCAAGGUUAGCGUGUUUGCUCGCUGAGCUAUAGCUACAGUAUCUAGCUAAGCAAAUGUAGACUAGCUUGCUAACAACAUUUGACAGCUAGUUGAUUUGAGCGAUUUUGAGGCGUCACUCAAGCUUUGCCCAUUGCUGCGAAUAUGAUGGACCAGCAGGCCCAGUCCUACAUGCUUGCCAGUCUGACGCGGCCCCACUCAGAGCAGCUGCUGCAAGGCCUCCAGCUGUUGCGGCAGGACCAUGAACUGUGCGACAUUGUGCUGCGAGUGGGGGAUGCUAAGAUCCAUGCUCACAAAGUGGUGCUGGCGAGCAUCAGCCCUUACUUCAAGGCCAUGUUCACGGGAAAUCUGUCAGAGAAGGAGACCUCUGAGGUGGAGUUCCAGUGUGUUGAUGAGGCUGCGCUACAAGCCAUUGUUGAGUAUGCCUACACUGGCACAGUAUUCAUCUCACAGGAAACGGUGGAGUCCCUACUGCCAGCUGCUAACCUACUCCAGGUCAAGCUGGUGUUGAAGGAGUGUUGCUCUUUCCUAGAGAGCCAGCUAGAUGCUGGAAAUUGUAUAGGCAUCUCUCGCUUCGCUGAGACCUAUGGCUGCCAUGAUCUCUGCCUGGCUGCCACUAAAUUCAUCUGCCAGAAUUUUGAAGAGGUGUGCCAGACAGAGGAGUUUUUUGAGCUGACACGGGCGGAGCUGGAUGAAAUAGUGUCAAAUGAUUGUCUGAAGGUGGUAACAGAAGAGACUGUGUUCUAUGCCCUGGAGUCGUGGAUCAAAUAUGAUGUCACUGAGCGGCAGCAGCACCUGGCUCAGCUACUGCACUGCAUCCGCCUGCCUCUCCUCAGUGUUAAGUUCCUCACCCGCCUCUACGAGGCAAACCACCUUAUCCGGGAUGACCACGCCUGCAAGCACCUGCUCAACGAGGCUCUCAAAUACCAUUUCAUGCCUGAGCACCGGCUCUCCUACCAGACUGUGUUGUCUACACGGCCACGCUGUGCUCCCAAGGUGCUCCUUGCUGUUGGAGGCAAGGCUGGACUCUUCGCCACCCUCGAGAGCAUGGAGAUGUAUUUCCCUCAGACUGACUCAUGGAUUGGGCUUGCCCCUCUCAGUGUGCCCCGCUAUGAGUUUGGAGUGGCAUUGUUGGACCAGAAGGUGUAUGUGGUGGGUGGUAUCGCCACACACAUGCGACAGGGCAUUAGCUACCGGAGACAUGAGAGUACAGUGGAGAGAUGGGACCCUGACAGCAACACCUGGUCCACAGUAGAGCGCAUGGCAGAGUGUCGCAGCACCCUGGGGGUAGUGGUCUUGGCUGGGGAGCUCUAUGCCCUAGGGGGCUACGACGGCCAGUACUAUCUACAGUCUGUGGAAAAAUAUGUCCCCAAGGUGAAGGAGUGGCAGCCUGUGGCACCCAUGACCAAGUCACGCAGCUGUUUUGCCACCGCUGUGCUGGAUGGCAUGGUCUAUGCCAUCGGAGGCUAUGGCCCAGCCCACAUGAACAGUGUGGAGCGGUAUGACACCAGCAAGGAUGCCUGGGAAAUGGUAGCCCCCAUGGCAGACAAACGGAUCAACUUUGGGGUUGGGGUCAUGCUAGGGUUUAUAUUUGUGGUUGGGGGACACAACGGGGUAUCACACCUGUCCAGCAUUGAGAGGUAUGACCCACACCAGAACCAGUGGACAGCCUGUCGGCCCAUGAAUGAGCCACGUACAGGGGUUGGCUCAGCGAUCGUGGACAACUACCUCUAUGUGGUGGGGGGUCACUCGGGGUCAUCCUACCUGAACACUGUCCAGCGGUACAACCCCAUCACAGACAGCUGGCUGGACUCUAGUGGCAUGAUGUACUGCCGCUGUAACUUUGGGCUGACUGCUCUUUGACCCAUGAUACCCCUGGGUAGGACUCCUUAAGAGAAGAGUUGGACGAAAGGCUUUUCUUUUCUUUUUUUCCCCCCGUUCAUCACCAGCAGGCUGAGGGCGGUGCCACACUGCCGUGAAUCCCGGCGAGCGAGCUUGCUGCUGGAGGAAUGUGCCCAGCUGGCGACAGGGGACCACCGAGCUGGCCAGAGUGAGAAGGCUCUGGUUUGGGUGGAGGAAGGUGCGGGGCAGAUCACCAUGGAUCUUGUCACAGAGAUGACCACUACUGCUGCUGGACCACAAUGAGGACUCUGCCAUUUUUACAGAGGACUGUGGGAGAAAACUAAGUGGAGGGGGGAGAAAAAAAAAGAGAAAAAAAAAAGUAUAGACUUAUGUUUAUGCCAUUAUUUCUGUUAAACACUCCAGACUUUUUUUUCUCUUCUUCCUGCUAUGAGCAGAACAUGUGUUCCAAUUUUCUGGAUCCUUAAAGUUUGUGUGUGCGUGUGGCGCAGAAUGUCUGUAUGCUUGUGAGUAGAUGCAUGUCAGAUUAAAUGAUUGUUAUUUUGUUUCUGUGUGCUGGACUAAAGCUCAGGCAAGGUGAUUGGCUCACACACUGAGUUUGAAAUGUCUGCAUCUAAAUCAGUGCUUCACAAAGAGAAAUUGGAAUCUUUAUAUAUUCACUUACAAGGGCUGCCUUUUUUCUCUGUAAAUGAAAAGAAAUAGAUGAUUAUAUCCUCUAGUGCAUUGCCUGUAAAUGUUUUUUGCACUGGUUACUAGUGUGUGUAUUUGAAUCAAGGGUUGAGGGAGCGGUUAGGAAGGAUAAAUAAACCCCAAUGAAUUCUCCUGAGAGUACUUUCCACCUGUCUGUUUCAUCCUUGGAGAAAUUCUGAGAUCUCCCCCCAUGUUACAGCUUCUAUUACAUCAUCCUGUGGUAGGGUCACACUUCAUCCCUCUUCAUAAGCAUUCAAAAGCGACCCUGUCCCUCUUCACUGUUGGGUUUAUAUGCUACUAACUGGUGCUAUAUUCAGGAUUCUCUUAUUUGUAUUAUUUUAUUUGUUCCUCUGUUACUGUUGUAGAUGUAUAUGCCCCAACUUGACAAGCUCCCAUGCAAUAAAGCAGGGUCUUUGCUUUGAGCCCCAUGUUAAAUUAAACUCUUGAGGCAGUCUAUCAAUA